AUGAACCCAACUACUCCCGGAGCGUCUCGGGUAGCGUCUGGCGGAAGCGGGCGAGGCAGAGGCGGCGCCGUUCGCUCGACAGUCAAGUCCGUCAAAAAGCAGUCGUCUGAGCGUUCAGACGACGAAGGUGAUCGACCGGAUCAAUGGCAAGACGGUCCCACCGUGAACAGAACCCAUUCGUACAGCAACCCGGUAGCGUACUCGGAAGAUGACAUGACGCCACGUGGCAUGCCGUCGCCGUCGCCACGUGGCGGGUAUGCCAGGGGGGGUGGCGGGAGGGGAUCGGCGAGUAGGCGGAGACAGCCGUCGGGGGACGAGAGUAUGGACAUGGGCGGGCAGGAAAGCGGGUACAGCUCAUCACGGAGCGCAUCGAGACGACAACCCAUGGAUGAGGACGAGCGUUUUUCCCGAACCAACAGCUUCGGCCAAGCCUCGGUCAGUUCGGCUCAUUCCGAACGCAUGCUCGACGACGAACGGCGGCCAGGCGGGGCUCGCCCCUCCGUCUCGCGCACUUCCUCCUCCUCCUCCUCUGUCUCCGCCAUGUCCGCCAUGUCCGCAGCUUCCGCGCGCGAUCCGCGCAGCCCCGCGCCCUCGCGCUCGAAACUCGGCGCGGGCGGAAGCGGUAGCGCGAGCGGGGGGGAGGAACAGGUGCAGUAUUUCCGCGCGAAGACGAUUGCGGCGGUGGGGCGCGGGGCGGACAAUAGGACGAUCUCGGGGAAGGACGUUCCGCGGCAGCGACUGCCCAUGCUUCCGCCGCCCGGAGCUCCGCAAGUCGUUCAGUGUCAAUGGUGCUUCCAAACCCUAGCCGUGCCAAUUAACCUGCCUCCGCCGAAGAAAGGUCAGCAGAAGCUGCGGUGCGGAAAGUGCCUCAAGGUGUCGCGCUACGCGGUCUUCCUUCCGCCCACGGCGGAAGAGGACGAGGAGGCGGAAGAUCAGCCGCCGCCGCCACAGCAGCAGCGCCAACGGCGGCAGCAGCAGCAGCAGGGGGAGGAGGCGGAAGUGGCGGAAGAGGACGAGGAGCAACAGGCGCUGUCCGCGCGCGGAAGGUCCGCGUCAACGGGGACGGGGGCUUUCAGAACGCGGAGUUUCCAGGGCAAUGCGCAGCCGCAGGCGGGGGCGAUGGGCGCAGGGCGCGGAAGCAGCAGCCUCAGCAGGGGCGCGGGGAAUAUGUCUGAGGACGACUCAGGGGCGGGGAUGCGGGGGCCCGGGGGCAGGCGGAGCAUGAGCGGGGCAGCGCGCGGAGGAGGCGGGGGAGGGGAGAGUGACGCGGGGAACGAGUAUGGGGAGCAGGGGGGAGGGGGAAUGCCCUGUCCGCCCCCGCCAGCAGGCAGACACCGCAGAUCAGGCUCGAAUAGCUCCGCGGCUAGCAACAGCAGCGCGCGCCAACAGGCGCAAUAUGGGGGCGCGGGGCCGGGCCCGGGGGGAGGCGGAGCGGGCGGGGGCGGGGAGCUAGCAGGCGCAGGUCCGCGCAGUGCAAGGGGGGCGGGGCGUGGCGGAGCGUUCCCCCAGCCGCACUCGCGAAAAGCGUCUGUGGAGUCAAGCGGAAUGGGUGGCGGAGGAGGCGGAUGGGAGGAUGGCGGAGGGGAGAACGGGCCAGGGGGGCCUAUGGGGGGCGGAAGGGCUAGUAGAAGGGGGAACGGAAGUCGGAGCGGAGACGAGGAGUAUUAUCAGCAACAGCAGCAGCAGCAGCAGAUGAUGCAACAGCAGCAGCAGCAGAUGAUGCAACAGCAGCAGCAGCAGAUGAUGCAACAGCAGCAGCAGUAUCAGUAUGGACCAGGGAGUGCGCGGGGGGAUGGGCGGUCCCCCCUGGGGAGGCAGCACUCUGGGGGGUUCAACCCCGCAUCCCCCUCCCCCAGAGGCCGCGGGCGCGGCGGGCAACAGUUCGGGCAGCAGCAGCAGUACGGGCAGCAGUACGGGCAGAUGCAGCAGCAAGGGAUGGAUCCCGCGGAUGGUGCGCCCAGCCCCAGACCCAUGGGCGGAGGGCGUGGGGGGAUGGGCGGAGGGGCUAUGAGUGCAGGGGGCAUGGCGGGGAGAGGUGUGGGGAGUCCGAGAGUAUCGGGGAGAGGAGGAAUGGCGCGGGGGGACAUGGGGCCGGGGAGGGGCGGAGGCGGAGGGGGAGGUGGGCCCCCAGGGAGGGGAGGGAUGGGGAUGAUGGGGCGGGGGGCACAAAUGGGGCGGGGACGAGGGGGAAUGGUGGGGGGAAGGAGAGGUGUGGAAGAGGAGGAGGAAGAAGAUGAAGAAGAAGAGGAGGAGGAGGAAGAGGAAGAAGAGGAGGAAGAGGAGGAAGAGGAGGAGGAAGAGGAGGAAGAGGAGGAGGAAGAGGAGGAAGAGGAGGAGGAGAGAGUAGGAAACGGCCAGGAGUAUCGGAGGAGAGUGGUGGUGAACAGUGUGCCAAUCCCGGAUCGCCAGGUGGCAGAAGCUGAGAGGCUAGCUGGGCCCAUCAAUCCGGGCACCUAUUGGUAUGACGUGGAUGCUGGCUUCUGGGGAGUGGUGGGUGGGCCGUGCCUCGGCAUCAUCCCUGCGGGCAUACACCAAAUCGCGCUAGGACCGCUGCAAAGACAAGCAUCGGGGGGCCGCACGCGCGUGGUGGUGAACGGCAGAGAGCUGCACCGGCGGGACCUGGACAUCCUCAUGCAGCGCGGGCUGGCGGACGAGCCAGGAGUGGCGUACCUGCUGGACAUUGACGGCAACCUCGUUGACGCUGCCACUGGAGAGGACCUCCCUCCUGGGCUGGGGAAGCUCGCCCCCUCGUGA